ACUUCGGACGAGAGCUGAAGCUGUUUUAUUUUCAUAAUCUAAUUCUAAACUUACAAAUUAAUUUUACUAUUUGUCAGUACGAUGCGAAGUAUUGUAAUGUAUUAAUAUAAAGUGUUCGAAAACACAGAUCAAGAUGAAUCCUAUGACCAAUGUAAAGAACGUGCUAAAACUAAGCAAGCAAGAGCUAGCCGGCAACUCCAAAUCUUCAUGGCACGAUCAGUACAAAGACAGUGCGUGGUUAUUUGUCGGCGGUUUGCCGUACGAUUUGACCGAGGGAGAUAUCAUUUGUGUGUUUUCACAAUAUGGAGAAGUGGUUAAUAUAAACUUGGUAAGGGACAAAGCCACAGGUAAAUCGAGGGGUUUCGCAUUUAUAUGCUACGAAGACCAACGCUCAACUAUCCUCGCUGUAGACAAUUUGAAUGGAAUCAAGAUCUUGGGUCGCACUGUGAGAGUAGAUCACUGUGAGUCAUACCGAGCACCGAAUGCUGACAUGAGUAAGGUCGAUGAGGUGACAGCAGCCCUGCGACAUGAGGGGUGCGCUCCUGCUGUACCGAAAGCGGAACCAGUUACAAUAAAACAAGAACCAGUCAAGGAAAAAAAGGAAAAAGUCAAAAAGAGCAAAAAGAAGAAAAAGAAAAGAAGUAGAAGUUCUGAUUCUAGUGACUAGAUUAAUUAAUAUAAUCUUCUAACUAA